UACAAAACCAUUCAAAGUUAAAACGUCUUUUGCAUCACCAUAUCCUUUCUGAGCUAGAACACAAUAAAUCCACAGAAAGAUGUUAAAGUUUUAGUCUUUAAUAAGUAGAAGCAAUUCUGUCCGCGGGAAUAGACUCCUCCUAGCAUCAAAAGCAAUUUCUGUAAUAAGUCUUCCUUUCUCUCAGUAUAAUUAGUUCAUGUUAUAUUGGUAACUCAUAUAUCUCUAUCACUUACACCGACAUUUUUAUUUUAUGUUUCUCUUUAGUCUUUGUACAUAGAUCCAUGCACUAGUUUCUUUCUCAAUCCAAUCCACCAACUGUGGCAACCCCAACUCGUAUUUCACUCACAGCCACCAAAACAUGGCUGCCACCACCACCAAGCACCACCACCACCACCACCACCUCCACCUUCCCACAUGACCAUACAAACAUGUUAGGCCUCCACAACAUCUUCUUCAUAGCGCCACCACCUUCUUCAUCUGCUACUUUUCAACAUCAACAGCCCAUUUCCUCUUCGCACCAAAUAACCACUACCAUCAAUGACCAAUGCAAUAUCUCAAACAAUCAAGACUCUUGGACCACACUAAAGAGAUAUCAACAGGAAUCAAGUUUUGCUAAAAAAGAUGCAUUUAAUAUUGGUGAGUAUAAUGAAAAUAGUGAUAGCUCUUCUAGAGUUUGUAGAGAUUGUGGAAAUAGGGCUAAGAAGGAGUGUGAAUAUAGAAGGUGUAGGACUUGUUGCAAAGGCAGAGGGUAUGAUUGUGCCACUCACGUUAAGAGCACGUGGGUUCCUGCAGUGAGGCGGCGAGAGAGGCAAAGCGUUAAUGGUGGCAGCGGCGGAGGGGGCUCUUGUGGAUCUUCUUCAGGUGGAGCUUGUGGUGGAAAAAGGCCAAGAGAGAAUGUGACCACUACAUCUAAUAGUUUUAGCACUUCUAAUAAUAAUGCUGCUACUUCUUUCAAUUUUGACAAUGGCUCUAAUUACCAGGAUGCAAGCUUCAAACAAUCCUUACCAAGUCAAGUCCAAGCUCCGGCUGUGUUCAGGUGCAUUAGAGUAACAACCAUUAAUGGUGGUGAAGCUGAGGUUGCAUACCAAGCAAUGGUGAACAUAAGUGGCCAUGUUUUUAAGGGCUUCCUCUAUGAUCAAGGGAUUGAUGAGAAAAACUUGUUUCCAUGCAUUUCAAAAGUGCCCUCUGGUGGAAGAAACAGAGAAUCUACUUCUCCAAUUGUUGAUCCACCAAAUGCCUGUCCAGCCUCUGGCUGCCAAAGAUUGCUUGAAGGUAAUAAUGAAUCACAAACAGAGCAACCCAUUGAUAAAAGCAGGUCAAUCAAAAAUCCCAUUAGAUUUGAUCUGCUGGUACCACAAAAUCAAAUAAAGUAAGAGUGGAGACCACCAUGGACAACAAGAAAGUGUUUCAUUAAGAAAAGACAUUAAUGCUUCUUCUAUUCAGGCAAAGACAAAAAAUCAAGACCCCAAUGCACAAGUUAAGCCCAAAUUUGGGUUUUCCUGACAAUGCUAUGUCUGAGCUCAACAAGCAGGCCCUAAACUGCCUGUGACCCCAAAACAGACCAUUUCUGACAUGCAAGUCCAACUCAACAUCAUAGAGUGGACCACAAUUUACACCCAUGUCUUUGUAAUUCCGAUAGCAACUCAACUUGAGACAACUGUUAGCCAAAGAAAUGGAAUGAAAUUCUGCAGCCAAUUUGAAAAUUGUGGCCUCAGAAACUAAACUUCAGGCACUGGUACUGUUGGUUUAAUUUUCAAUAAUAACAAGGUCUGAUUAUUUGA